GCCGAGAGACCGAAUCUAGCAGCAACAGAGACAAGGGGAGAGACAGAGAGAGGUCGCCUCGUUGCCUCUCUCCUGGCUGGGCCGAAAACUCCAAUUACCUGAUCUCUAAGAGUGGGAGGGAAAGAGGAGGUGGUGGUGGUGAUGUGGACGUCGAAGCAGGUGGAGAAGAAGGGGGAGGGUGGAGCAGCGGUGGCGCUGGCCGUGGACAAGGACAAGGGUAGUCAGGUAGCCUUGAAGUGGGCGGUGGAUAACCUCCUGGGCAAGGGACAGACUCUCAUCCUCAUACACGUCAAGGAGAAGCUCCAAUCCGUCCCACAAAAUGCUAGCGAAGAGGAAGCCAAGGCGUACAAGCAGCAGGUCGAGAACGAAGUAAAGGAAGUGCUACUUCCAUUCCGAUGCCUUUGCAUGCGUAAAGAUAUUUCUUGCCAUGAAGUCGUUAUAGAAGACAGCGAUGUAGCAAAGGCGAUCAUCGAGUAUAUUACCAAUUAUGCAAUUGCAGUUCUUGUACUCAGCGCCUCGCCAAAAACUGGAUUCUUUAGAAGAUUUAAGAGCACAGAUGUUCCAACUACUGUUUACAAAGGUGCACCGGAUUUUUGCACUGUAUACAUCAUUUCGAAGGGCAAGGUCUCCUCCGUCCGGCAGGCGACCAGGUCGGUGCCGGCCGUUGUCCGGCAGACCACCAAUCUUCUGACGAUCCAAAAGCUUGAGCCAGUAAAGAAUCCACCUCCCGCGCCAAUCUCAAAAGUUACAGUUGAUAACGACGAAGUGGAUGCAACAAUGAAAUCGCCAUUACCAAGAGGAGGUGCAGGCCUAGGUUUGCGUCAUGUUAGCGAGAGGUCUCUGACGGAUGUCGACUCAUCUUUUACUCCCAGCAGCCAAGAUGGCGCAGACAGAAUGUUUCCUUCGCCGAAUGAUAGUUUUGCUUCAGCAACUCCUUCAAGGCUCUCUUACACUCGUAGUGCUGAUGAAGAGUCCACCUCCUUUGAACAACGCAUAAGUUUUGAGUCCCCUUUUCGUCUGCUAAGAAAAUUUCCUGAACAGAACUCGAUUGACAUGGACUACUCUUCACUAUCUCGCGCCAGCGGCAGUUCUUGGUCGUCGCAGACAGCGGAGGAAGUGGAAGCUGAAAUGAGGAGAUUGAAGCUUGAACUGAAGCAAACAAUGGAUAUGUACAGUAAUGCAUGCAAAGAAGCAAUAUCUGCGAAACAGAAGGCACAAGAACUGCAUCGUUGGAAAAUGGAGGGGGAACAUAAGCUAGAUGCCGCAAGGAUAGCUGGUGAAACGGCUUUAGCAAUUGCAGAAAACGAGAAGGCAAAGUGUAAAGCAGCUAUUGAGGCAGCAGAGGCAGCUCAAAGGAUCGCAGAGCUGGAAGCACAAAAGAGGUUAAAUGCAGAGAAGAAAGCACUCAGGGAAGCAGAAGAAAAGAAGAAGGCCUUGGAUGCAUUGGCAAAUACAGACAUCAGAUACAGAAAAUACACCAUUGAAGAAAUUGAAAUUGCAACGGAAAACUUUUCAGAGAAAAGAAAGAUUGGUGAAGGCGGAUAUGGCCCUGUGUAUAAAGGCUAUCUGGACCACACCUCUGUUGCAAUCAAAGUCCUGAGGCCUGAUGCAGCUCAGGGCAGAAUGCAGUUCCAGCAGGAGGUUGAAGUUUUGAGCUGUAUAAGGCAUCCCAACAUGGUUCUGCUUCUGGGAGCAUGUCCAGAGUAUGGCUGCCUUGUCUAUGAGUACAUGUCCAAUGGCAGCUUGGAAGACCGUCUCCUCAGGCGUGGGAACUCUCCAUCUCUCUCAUGGCAGCUUCGAUUUAGAAUUGCAGCAGAGAUCGCAACUGGCUUGCUCUUCCUUCACCAGACCAAACCAGAGCCACUGGUGCACCGGGACCUUAAACCAGCAAAUAUCUUGUUAGAUAGGAACUUUGUUAGCAAGAUCAGCGACGUUGGACUUGCUAGACUAGUGCCUCCUAGUGUAGCUGACCAUGUGACCCAGUAUAGGAUGACAUCUGCAGCUGGUACAUUCUGUUACAUAGAUCCAGAAUAUCAGCAAACUGGGAUGCUUGGAAUAAAGUCAGAUAUAUACUCCCUUGGAAUCAUGCUACUGCAAAUUGUCACAGGAAAACCAGCAAUGGGUCUAGCCCACCAUGUCGAGCGGGCUCUUGACAAGGGAACAUUCAAGGAGAUGCUGGACCCAACAGUUCCUGAUUGGCCUGUGGAAGAAGCCAUCACAUUUGCAAAGUUGGCCUUGAAUUGUGCUGAACUUAGGAGGAAGGACAGGCCUGAUCUUGGCUCAGUGGUCUUACCUGAGCUUAAGAAGCUUGCAGCCAUGGGAGAGAAGAGCAUGAUGCCUUACAUGUUCGUUGGAAGUGCUACUCCUUCUCCUAACCACAGCAUAAUUUCAUCGCGCCAGGAAGUGAUAAGUGAGACUCAAAUGUCAUCUGGAUAUUCCAACAAUGGAAGCCUGAGGAGCCAGGGUUCAAGCAUAUCAUCGUUGAGUGAAAGGAGAGUUGGCUAGAAUAGAAUGAAAGGAUGCAGUCUACCAGCAAGCCUCUUAAGGUUUUCAUGAGCUCCACACCUGAGCUUGAAGAGGAAAACAAGGCACCGCUCGUCGAUUUGUUGUCACUUGUUCACCAACAAGCAACUGAAUCGAGUAGUUCUGUGCUUGGCUUGGCAUUGUUCCAAGCAGUUAAGAAGUACGGGGCUGCAAAUUCUAUUGUGUAGUAUGUGGUAUCUUAUAGUUUCUGUUCACAGAAACUUAGAUGUAAUCGUGGACAUAGCAUCAACCAUGGUCGCACUUGACCAACUUGGUUUAGCAUGCUUUGGGAUGACAUGGAAGAAAAUAUAAUAUGGCCAGUAUUGAAC